AUGGAUGACAUUCAUAUUUCUUCAACAGGAUCUCCUCAGACAACAUGCGCAGCUGCAAUUCAGCACAUUUUCCUUUUAUUCCAAUCUGGGUUGCCCAAAGAUCAGCACUUUUCAUAACCUCAAAUUCUGUCAUCACCCAUUUCUAUUCAUUCAACGUAGAUCAUGAAUCAUGUUUCCCUAACCAUCUUUUGUUGCAAAUUUGUGUGAAACGGUGAUGGUUUUUGAAAACAAAACGUGGGUCUGCUAAGUGUGGACAUUUAGACUGUACAUCAUGUUCUAGAUGAGGGGAUAGGAUGAUUGGGACACCAGUACUACACCAAACCCAGUACCUGUCUCCACCAGAUGAACCACCACAGAUCCUGGAAUUGAAUCUGAGGAUGAAGGAACAAGAGUGCUUAUCUUGUUUGAGGAGGUGCAGGAACAUGGAAGAAUUCAAGCAAGUUCAUGCCCAGGUCCUCAAGUGGGGUUUAUUUUGGAACUCCUUUUGUGCAAGCAAUCUUUUGGCCACUUGUGCUCUCUCAAACUGGGGCAGCAUGGACUAUGCCUGCUCGAUUUUUCGACAAAUUGACGAACCGGGUACUUUUGUUUUCAAUACUAUGAUUAGAGGACAAGUCAAUCAUGUGAACUUUGAGGAAGCUGUACUUCUUUUCGAUGAAAUGCUUGAGAGAGGAGUUGAGCCUGAUAAUUUCACUUAUCCUUCUCUUCUGAAGGCAUGUGCUCUGUUACGUGGACUACAUGAGGGAAUGCAAAUUCAUGGGCAUUUACUCAAGCUUGGAUUUGAAAGUGAUCUGUUUGUGCAAAACAGCUUGAUCAAUAUGUAUGGUAAGCGUGGGGAGAUAGAGUUGGCUUGUGCUGUUUUUGAGCAAAUGGAGGUGAAGAGUGUUGCUUCUUGGAGUGCAAUUAUUUCUGCUCAUGCUAGCUUACGAAUGUUUUAUGAGUGUUUGAUGCUAUUUGGGGAGAUGAGUAGUAAAGGAUGUUUGAGGCCUGAAGAGAGUAUAAUGGUCAGUGUGCUCUCUGCUUGUACUCAUCUGGGUGCUUUGGCUUUGGGAAAGUGCUCACAUGGGUUUUUGCUGAGGAACAUCAAUGAACUAAAUGUUGUAGUGCAAACUUCAUUGAUAGACAUGUAUGUUAAAUGUGGGUGUUUAGAGAAAGGAUCAUAUAUCUUUCAAAAAAUGGCUAAGAAAAAUAGACUGUCUUAUAGUGUGAUGAUCUCAGGGCUUGCCUUGCAUGGACAAGAUGAAGAAGCUCUAAGGAUUUUCUCUGAGAUGCUUGAAGAAGGUCUGGAACCAGAUGAUGUUAUAUAUGUAGGUUUGUUGAGUGCUUGUAGUCAUGCUGGUCUUACUGAUGAGGGGUUCCGAUUGUUUCACAGAAUGAAAGCAGAACAUGGGAUAGAACCAACAGUUCAGCAUUGUGGUUGCAUGGUAGACCUGAUGGGAAGAGCUGGGAUGCUCAACGAAGCUCUUGAGUUCAUCAAGAGCAUGCCGUUAAGGCCCAGUGAUGUCAUCUGGCGAAGCCUUCUUAAUGCUUGUAGGCUUCAUUCUAACAUGGAAAUAGGAGAGAUUGCAGCCAAGCAUCUAUUCCAACUUAACUCACAGAAUCCUGGUGAUUAUCUGGUGUUGUCAAAUAUGCAUGCAGAGGCUCAGAGAUGGGAGGAGGCAGCUAAAAUUAGGACGGAGAUGGCCAGAAAGGGUUUGUACCAGAUGCCGGGUUGUAGCUUGGUUGAGGUGGGAAGACGCAUGUACAGUUUUGUUUCACAGGACAUGUCGAAUCCUCAUUGUGAAGGUGUUUACGAGAUGAUUCACCAGAUGGAAUGGCAGCUAAGAUUUGAAGGAUAUUCACCGGAUACAUCACAGGUAUUGCUGGAUGUAGAUGAAGAAGAGAAGAGAGAAAGAUUGAAAGGUCAUAGCCAAAAGCUAGCAAUUGCAUUUGCCCUGAUACAUACAUCUAAGGGCUCCCCCAUAAGAAUAGCUAGAAAUAUCAGGAUGUGUAGUGACUGUCAUAAAUAUACCAAACUAAUUUCACUCAUCUAUCAAAGGGAGAUUACUGUAAGAGACCGGAAUCGGUUCCAUCAUUUUAAAGAUGGAACUUGCUCUUGUAGGGAUUACUGGUGAAUUGAUAAUUUUUCAUUAUCUAAAAGGUUCUCGUUAGGGAAUAUUUUCUUUUCUUACCUUUCCUUCAUUUGCUGCAUAUCUAACCUUUUUCUUUUUCAAGACAGCCUGAAGAUUCUCUACAACUCAAGGGCUCUACAGAUCUGUAUAGUUUGGUUCUGGAAGUCUAGUUUUGAAGGUGUUCUUUAGAUGAAUGAAAUUUAUUUCGAGAU